GCAUGCCAAGGAAUCCUGCCAUGACGCCGCCAGAGCUGAGGUAUGAUUGCUUCUUUCGUUUGCACACAUGAACAGCCUCGAAUCAGUCAGUCGGCCAUCUCCAUAGGCCAGAGUGACAACGGUAGCUCUGCCCAAGAUGUUUGCAUACAUCGCGCUGCUACUAUUGGACACAGUGCUUGCCCAUUCCACCAACAAUCACAGCAACUCUACAUGUCUUUCGCCUUACUCCGAAGUGGCAGACUACCAAGCAUUCCCGGGUCAGAAUGUCGCCAACAGCAGUAACCUGUUUCCAAUGCCGCUGUGCCAUGGGCAUCAAAUCGAAGAAGCUUCGAUCGACCAGAUCCAGAGCUAUCUCACGCAAAGCACACUCACUUCGCAACAACUUGCGUUUUGUUACAUGCAGCGAAUGUGGCAGACAGAUGACUACCUGAAUGCCGUACUCGAGAUAAACCCGGACUUCAUGCAAAUCGCAACUGCGCGAGAUCAGGAGCGGACGACCGGCCAUGUGCGAGGACCUUUACAUGGGCUUCCAUUCAUGAUCAAGGACAACAUCGCAACCAAAGACAAAAUGCAGACAACCGCUGGUAGCUGGGCACUACAGGGCUCAAUCGUGCCUCGAGAUGCACAUGUUGUUCGUAAGCUUCGAGAAGCAGGAGCAGUACUGCUCGGCAAAGCCACACUUAGCGAAUGGGCGAGUAUGAGAAGCAAUAACUACAGUGAAGGGUACUCCGCUCGUGGUGGCCAAUGUCGCUCAGCCUACAACCUGACAGUCAAUCCAGGAGGCAGUAGUAGUGGCUCAGCUGUUGGUGUUGCCGCGAAUGUAUUUCCAUUUGCCCUUGGCACGGAGACUGAUGGCAGUGUCAUCAACCCAGCAGAACGCAACGCAAUUGUUGGGAUCAAGCCGACUGUUGGGUUGACUUCUCGCGCCGGCGUGGUCCCAGAGUCACUCACCCAGGAUACUGUAGGCGUGUUCGCGAAGAGUGUUCGGGAUGCGACUUACGUGCUUGAUGCAAUCUACGGACCAGACGAGAAGGAUAAUCAGACAUUGUCCCAGAUUGACCGCACACCAACACAUGGCUAUACUCAGUUCUUGUCUGAUCGUACAUCAUUGCAUACCGCUACAUUUGGCGUGCCAUGGCAGAGCUUUUGGCGCUUCGCUACGCCUGAACAACAGGAAGUGCUCACCUCGAUGAUUGAUCUCAUCGAGAAAGUCGGAGCUCGAAUCGUCAACAACACAGAGAUUUUGGACUAUGAGAGGAUCGUUUCACCAAAUGGCUGGAACUGGGACUACGGAACUACCCGCGGCUUUCCCAACGAGAGCGAGUACACUUACAUCAAAGUCGACUUCUAUCGAGACCUCAAGAACUACCUCGCCGAACUGAACAACACGAAUAUGCGAUCACUAGAAGACAUCGUAGCCUACAAUUACUUAAAUGAUGGCAGCGAAGGCGGCAACCCCUGGCCUCUCGGCAACCCAGCAUUCUACUCAGGUCAAGACGGCUUACUCGCCAGCCUCGAAACAAACGGCAUACAAGACGAAACAUAUUUCCAAGCACUGAACUUCUGCCGAACCAGCACUCGCGAACGCGGCAUCGAUCACGCAUUAUCAUUAGGACCCAACGGCACAAAACUAGACGCCAUCCUCGUUCCUCCUGACGUGGGCCAAACCUACCAAAUUGCUGCACAAGCUGGCUAUCCAGUGAUCACAAUUCCAGCAGGCGUGAAUACUGAUAGCGGGAUGCCGUUUGGGUUUGCGUUGAUGCAGACUGCGUGGAGAGAAGAUGCGCUGAUCAAAUGGGCCUCGGCGAUUGAAGAUCUUAUGAAGGAUACGCCUUUUAAGCGUACCUUGCCGAAGUGGUACGGGUAUUUAGAACGGAAUAUUCCCGUGUUGAAUGCCUAG